AAAAAAAUUGAGAAAUGAAACAUCUGUCGUUUGGUGAAAAUACAGGCAUCGAUUUCUUUAUUUUAAUUUUGAGACGAUUUUUUUAUUUUUUAUGACUCUACUUAUUUAUAUUUGAUAACGUAUUUUAACCACAAGCCGUACUUUUGCUUUAAUUAUUAACAAGAUUUUCGUGACAUCACAGUGUUUAGCGUUAUGAUAAACGUUUGUAGGUAGGACACAUCACAAACCAUAGUUACUACUAUUUUGCCUUUUAUAACGAAAUUGAGAUAUUGUGGGCUGUGAGUAGUUUGAUUUGGACAGCUAUUUUGAUAUUCUCUCGUCUGUGAGGGUGUUUAAUAGGCAUAAAUCUCGUGUAAUAACAUUGGAGAUCGGCGCCAUGUUGUUAUUUACCUUUUGAUUCUGACCUGUGGGAUUUCCUGAUGGGGUAUUUGUUGUGUGCCGCGCCCGCGAGUGUGUGAUUAUGUUGGAGGAUGUGCCCAUCCACGGGAGCCGCAGCGACCUCAAAGUACCGAAGGCCGCCGCGCACCAGAGGAAUCUCAGCUUGGACUUCAGGCAUGUGACGGGUUCAACCGGGCCGCCGGCGGGAUGCGGCCACCAGAGGAACCGGUCUCUGGACUCGGUGUUGCAGCGGAUCCCAGAGGAUAUCACACCGACGUCGCCAGAAGGCGCCCCGCUCAGAAUCCCCAUGGAAGCGCCCGCCCCCCGCCUUGCACUACCACCCGAGGUCCCCGCUGGAUCUGUUGACUCCGGCAUCCACACUCCCCCCGAUCCACAUGAUGAAGAACGCCCAGCCCCCGCUGCCGCUCGAUCCAGGGAAAGCCUCGACUCCGGCAACCCAGAAGACACAGACAAACCCCCCGAUGAAACAAAUCCCUGCGAUACAAUAGUCGACCCACCGCUCAAAUCCGACAUCUCCGCCGCAGACACAUCCAAAAACAAAGACUUCUUACUACGACUCUUCGAAAGCAAACUCUUCGACAUGAGUAUGGCCAUCUCAUACCUAUUCAAUUCGAAAGAACCGGGCGUGCAAACGUACCUAGCAAACAAAUUGUUCUCGUUCCCAUAUGAGGACGUGGAUUUCUAUCUGCCGCAGUUGGCGACGAUGUAUGUGGAAAUGGGCGACGUGGCGGACGUGUUGAGGCCGUACUUGGUGCACAGGUGUAAACAGAGCGCGGAGUUUUCUCUGCGGCUAGCGUGGUUGUUGACUGCUUUCGGUGGGGACACUAAAAGAUCAAAGGCGACGAAAUUGAGGGAUUCCAUAAUGGCUGAGGAGAUCAGGCCGGCGGCGAGGAGGGGGCACCACAGAUCGCAGUCGGAUGCCUCUGCUUUAAGGCUAGCGAUGCCCUCGGGCAGGCAUUUAGGCGACCUGGCUUCGGGGCGUGCGUUCGAUAACGGAUGUGUGUGCGGUGAACAGUGCUCCUGCGGCGCUCCCAGAUUAGCUCCACAAAGUCAGUUCCUAUCAGCACUCACGAGUAUCGGCCGCCGCUUAGCAGGGGUUGCAGACAAGGAGCGUCGCAACGGGCGGCUUCGUGCUGAGCUGGCAACGCUGGACCUGAACCUUCCCGCCCGAGUGUGGCUGCCACUGCACUCGCGGCCGCACUGUGUGCUCCGGAUCCCGCCGCAUGCUGCUGCUGUGCUUAAUAGCAAGGAUAAGGCGCCGUAUAUAAUGUACGUGGAGAUCUUAGAGACGGAUGGUCACGAGCCGCUCCCCCCGCGGCUACUACCCCCCCCGCCCCCCACGCCGCACUCCCCACCCAUACGACACACCAAGAGUGAAGAGAACUUAGUACCAGAGUGGCCGGUACUAGCUCUACACCCGGCGUUAGAUGACGUCGACGCAGGUGACUGUUGGAGUCAUGAUGACGAGGACUUCUCAGGACAUUACCCCACGAGAGCACCAGCGCCCGAUACCUUAUCACAGGUAUCGGCGAUGUCAGCCAUGUCCGGCGUGUCGGGCGUGUCGGCGUCGUCGCUGGGGUCGCGCGAGUCGCUGGCGGUGGGCGCCGGCGACGUGCGGCGCCGCCUGGCCGACGCCACGGCCGCGCCGCCGCCCAACGCCUUCCGGCACGACCCCGCCGACCCCUCCGCCGCUGCGCUAAAGGAAUCGUGGGAGAGCAAGUUGUCGCGCAUGCGCAGCAUGUCCCCGUACGGCGCGCUGGCGGGCUGGCGGCUGCUGGGCUGCAUCGUGAAGGUGGGCGACGACCUGCGCCAGGAGAUGCUGGCGGCGCAGCUGCUGCGGCGCCUGCGGGCCGUGUGGCGCGCCGAGCGCGUGCCGCUGCGCCUGCGGCCCUACGAGAUCAUCUGCCUCGACCGCGAGUCUGGACUCAUACAGCCGGUACUGAACUCAGUAUCCCUCCACCAAAUAAAAAAGCAGUCAGGCAAGACCCUCCGCGCGUGGUUGGAGUUAGAACACGGUCCUCCCAACAGCGAGGGCUUCUUGCGAGCUCAGAACAACUUCGUCGAGUCCGCCGCCGCGUACGCGCUCACUAGCUACUUACUACAGCUGAAAGACAGGCACAACGGCAAUAUCCUACUCGACAGUGAAGGCCACAUCAUCCAUAUCGACUUCGGAUUCAUAUUCUCAAUCUCUCCUAAGAAUUUAGGGUUUGAGAGUUCUCCAUUUAAGCUGACCCAAGAGUUCGUGGAAGUGAUGGACGGCGAGAGCAGCGACAUGUUCCAGUACUUCAAGAUCCUCAUCCUGCGCGGGCUCAUCGCCGCGCGCAAGCACUGCGACCAGAUCAUACACAUCGUCGAACUCAUGCGCAUGGGCGGCCAGCUAGCCUGUCUCCGGAGCAGCACAGCGGUGUCAUCGUUCCGAGCUCGCUUCCACCUCGGCAAGACGGAGCCGCAACUGCAAGCCCUAGUAGACCGGCUGGUCCGCGACGCCCUCAACUCACUCUCCACACGGCUCUACGACAACUACCAAUACUACACCAACGGGAUACUGUAAAUAUUUCAAAUAGCAAUUUUACUUGUGUUUCCAUUUCAUGGUGGGGUAAGACAAAGGAUUUGCUUAACUCUUUCAAGGACAAUUCUAAGCGCCAUUAUUAUGAAUGGAAGGUCAUUGACCCGCUGAGUCCCUGAAAGUGUUAAGGCUUAGCCCUUGAAGUUCUAUAGCCAAGUCUAGGUUAACAUGUCUUAGUGAUAACAAUGAAUGAUCGUGAUAAGUACCUAGAGUCUCGCCAGUCAAUCCCUCUUUAAAAAUAAAUAAAGAUAUCACUAAGACUGUAACUAACUGAACUAGAUAUGAAGAGUUGGUUUUUGGUUUUCGGUCUACCCUUUACAACUGGGUGAGCCCUCAUGUGUCCAAAUGGUCAUGCAGUGAAGCGAAUGCCCCCCGAGGCGAAUCUACAAUAAGUCAUAUAAACUUGCCUUGUCUUCACGGUGACUAUCAAAUGAGGAUGGUGAACGAAGGGAAUACUUUUGUUUUGCUCUAUCAUGUGUAUAUAUCACGCAACUUGAGGUUUUAUAUGUCUAGGGUCUAUUUUUCAAUAGUCAGAUAGUGUCUUCGUAUAAUAAAGUUUUCCAAAUUCGAUUUAUUCAAUACAAAAUCAAUGCGGGACUAUCCAAGCUGCGUUCCCCAAAAACAAAAUAGAUGAAGCUGUGAAGAUCCUCAGUGAUAAAUAAAUCCGAUGAUUGAAAAAUUAGCCCUAAAUAAGUUAGAAUUUGUGACGACAUGACUACAAAACGUGUUAUCCGAUGGAACUUUUAAGUUGUGUCGAACUCAAAUUCUCUAAAUUCAAGAUUAUUAAAAAAUAAAAUCUCUAAUUGAAUAAAUUAUUGUAUUGUGUUCCAAUAGCUUUGCCGAAUAAAUAGGUGACGCAAUGAUAAACUAGUGACUGUUAUGCAUAUUCAAAUUAUUUAAUUGUUAUCACAAUAGGUCGUAUAAAAAAAACUUGGAAUGGACAAGUGCGAAUAUCGUAAAAUAUGACACUAAAGAAAAUAAUUAACACACUUUGAAAGAACUGCCCUUUUGAGACUAUCCGAGGCUCGAAGCUCUUUAUAAUGUAAUCUUAAAAUAAAACAAGUUUUCUAUAACGUACAUUUUCUUGACACUCGCUUGAAAUAACGAAAUAUUUAAAGUUGUUUCAAUAGUUUUAACAUUCUAGCAAUACGUUAUUUGUAAUGUAUUCUUUGUUAUAUAGUAUCGGUUUUGACAAGCUGACAGUUAUAAUAGAUUUCUGUUUACUAUAAAAUUGCGCUGUUUAUAACAGAAACGUCAGAGUUUGUAAAGCGGAAACAUUUGAAAGCUUUUAACAAAAUAAAAUGACCUGGGGGGUUAAGAAGGCCACAUGGAUGCAAUUCAUCUAAAAAGCAAUAUUGCAAUUUGACAUUUGCGCAUAUAAAAGUGCACAAUGUCAACAAAUGUCAAAUAGCAAAAUUGCUUUUUAGAUGAAUUGCAUCGAUCGGGCCUUUAUGUUAUUAAAUAGGAAUGUAAGGGACAUGUUCAUCUUCGCAUUGGUCUGACAGGGUUUGUUUUCUGGGUUUUGGUCAAGAUUUUUUUUUAUCCGAAGUUUGUUGUAAAUAUACAACUUGUUUUCAGUCGAUUCGGUGUGAUCGUCAAAUACAGUUUCAUACAUCGGAUUUGCUUAUAAUUUCUACAUACUGCAUGAUUAUUGAACUUGACACACCCGUUUAGACACGAUUUGAUGAAAAAUAAUUAAAAAACAUACUGGGCUAUCGGAGUUUCCCAAUUUAUUUGGUUUGCAUGUAAAUUCUAGCUUACAUAAAUAGUUUUGUAGAUAAUUAGUGCCAUAACCACUCGCUGUACCUUGAAACAACAUUAUUAUUUGCUCAAUCAUCUUUUUGGAUCAUCGGAAAGGCAACGCAUCCUUUAUCCCGUCCAUUGUAGUUACUUCGCGUAGUCCGACAGUGCUUUAUAAAAACUAAGUCAGUAAAUAAACUUUUAGACAGGAAACAUCCAAAGAACGAUGUUCCUUAAAAAUAGAAGUGAAAUGACGCAAAAGAUUUUUAAAUGCUAAAGUUUAAAAUGAAACAUGCUAAAUAUCUCCUUGUGUAAAUGGUGACUCUGCAAAUAUAAUUCUAAUAUAAUCUGAAAUCAAAAUGUAAAUACUUAAAAAUUAUGAUAAUUUCUGCAAAGAGAAGACUGAUUGUUCAGGCAUGAAAAGGAAUUAGGUUUAGAUUUCCCAAUUAAUCUAAGUUUUACUCUGUAUAUUGAAAAUUAGUUGUGUAAAUGAAUUUAUGUAUGGGAUCUGCGUUUCUGGUACUGUCGUCUAAAUGUAAAAGCAUUAAAGGGAAAAGGCAUGUUUUAGAUAAAACGUUAUGAGGGAAAUUUUUGGAUAAAGAAUAUUGUUAAACUAGAUAAAACAGGUAGACAUUCACACGGAGGUGUUGAGAUGUCCACCGCGUAACGGAUAUAGUGUGAUGAAUUAAGUACAUACUAGACUAGAUAAUAUCUAUCUAUGUCGCAGUCCAAAUAUGUGGAGUUGUUAGUAAAUUGGUGUUGUGAAUGUUUACCAUAGAUUGGAAUGUUUGUUGACGCCAACGAGCAGGUUCUGUGAUCUGUCUAAUGAGAUUUUAAAGAUUGUUAUAGGAUUGCCGCUAGAUAAAUUCAAUAUCGUUUUGUUACGUUCAAUGGUAUAAUAAAAUACAAAUUUUCCUCGUAAUGUAAAGGAUCGGUUAGUAUUAGUACGGUAUGUAAAUUAAUUAUUCGCUUAAAUAUAAAAGGAGUGAGAAUGUUGCCAAAUUUUAAGCCACAACUUAACAUACGCAUGUUUUGUCGCUUCUACUUUUCGAUCUAUUCAAGACAAAUCGGGUUUUUAAAUGUAUUUACCUACUAGUAAUUUAUGGUAUGUAUAUAAAACGGAUAAAGAAUACACUUACACGAGCCCGAUUUUAGCGUGGGUUUGUUACUCCUUUAACAAAUAUUGUGACAAUAUAAUAUCGUGUUAAGCAAAGGACGAUUGAAAUUUCGCAAUGUUUGGGCUCAUUUUGAACAGUUAGAUAUUUAUGUACAGAAAAUAUUUUUCAAUGUCAAGUUUUAGUGUCUGCUAGAAUAAUCGCGUAUAUACAUAUUAUACUAAUUUAUUUGGUAAUACCAAUUGUAUUUCAGAUCUAAAUAGCUUUUAUCCUUACCCUAAUUUAUAUGGAUAUAUUCGUGCGCGUGACUUACUCGUUGUGGAUUGACAUAUUGAAUUUUAGAUAGCAUUAUAAUAUUGAAGUACCUUUAGUAUUCUAUUCAAAAAGGCAAUGUAUAUGUCGUAUUAUUGUUUAAAGUAAAUCGACUAUGUAAAUAAAUGCUCCCUUUUGUAAUAAUCAAUACGGUUAAGAAAGUUGCAUCCAAAUUCCAAAAAUAUUUUUUCUCAAAAUCGAGUCACGUUAUUUAUGUACAGAUAAUUGUAAGUAGCUACGUAUUCUAAGGCCGACUGCGGACGACCCGAUUUGAUUGGGCAGAAUAUAUCAAACGAACAAGAUCAACGUUUACUUAUACCCGAAGCGUCUUGUUUCUUCGGAUCCUACUCACCAUCCUGUCCACCUUGAAAAUGUUUUAACCUUUCAUAUGCCGAGAUACCAGACACAAUAGAUUUUACAUUGUGUCUGGUCGACAUCCGCGUUCCGGCGUUCGAAAGAUAAGGUAAUAGAACUAGAGUUUACCAGAUUCUCUCUGACCGAAUCCGUCGUCAGAUCAGGUCGUCUGCAGAGGCUUUAAUGUUUAUCUUAAUUUUUUAAUUUUAAAUAUACAUAUAUUAUGAUUCUU